GGCAGAUUAAACAUUUGAGGGGAUUAGCAGCCCUCAGGACUUUAAAAAGGGACGGUCCAACAGUGAGAGGACAAACUGACAAGCUCAACAGACAGCAUCAGAAUCAGCAUCAGGAAAAGACCUCAACACAAGUAACUAAUCAAAAUGGCAGACGUCGCCGUCGCAGCACCCGCCGACAAGAAGGCUCCAAAGUUCAAGGCCAGGGCCAUGCGCACCUUCAAGAGCAAGGCUCCUAAACCAGGCCAGAAGGGAUUUGGAGACGAUAUCCCCGGCAUGGAAGGUCUUGGCACAGACAUCACAGUGGUUUGCCCAUGGGAAGCCUUCGGCGACAUGGAGCUCAGCGACCUGGCAAAAUAUGGAAUUGUUUAGACCUCUCUCCUCAGCCUCUGCCCCUGUUUGCCACUUUAGUCGCUCAUGUAUUCCUACUGUGGUCUAAGCAGAUGAAGAUCUACUACCUGUGAGCUUUAGAGAGGAGGCAGCCCUUCAUGAUUUAGAGGUUUGACCUGGAAAAAAAAA